AGAAGCAUAGAACCAUCGCUGCCUCCCGCACGCCCCCUACUGGGGGGUCGAGUCCACCACCUGGGCCUUGAGGGACUCGAACCCGGGACCCUCGAGUCCCCAGGCGGACGCUCUAUCCACUGAGCCACACCCCCGGGGGCUGGGUUCCCUGUGUGUCUGGAGGGUGAGUCAGCUCCCACUGCACAUGCGCGGUGGGGCCCGGAGGCACCCCGACCUCGAGCUCCUGCAAGAAGGGAGCCGGCUCACGUGUCAGGAGACGAGAAGCAAGAAAGUGAACAUGUUACAUCCGGAACGUUCCAGCUUGCUUUGCAGAGCCUGGCUCGCCGUGACCAUCAGCAUCCUGGGUUCGAGGCCGACCGACUCUAGGGAUGUAUCCGCCUCACGUCCCAACAUCCUUCUGCUGAUGGCGGACGACCUUGGCAUCGGGGACGUCGGCUGUUAUGGCAACAACACCAUCAGGACCCCAAACAUCGACCGUCUCGCCCAGGAUGGCGUGCGGCUCACCCAGCACCUCGCCGCGGCUUCCGUCUGCACCCCAAGUCGCGCUGCCUUCCUCACGGGCAGGUACCCCCUGCGAUCGGGCAUGGUGUCCAGCGACGGUUCCCGCGUUCUCCAGUGGACGGCAGUCCCGGGCGGCCUUCCGGCCAAUGAGACGACGUUUGCGAAGAUACUGAAGGAUCGGGGCUAUGCCACGGGACUAAUCGGAAAAUGGCACCUGGGUCUCAACUGUGAAUCCUCGACCGACCACUGCCACCACCCCCUCCGCCACGGAUUCGACCAUUUCUACGGGAUGCCCUUUUCCAUGAUGGGCGACUGUGCCCGCUGGGACAUCUCGGAGAAGCGCGCCGGCCUGGAGCGCACACUCCACGUCGGCGUCCAAAUCGCGGCCUUCGCGGCCCUGACGCUCGCCGCUGGGAAACGCACCCGCCUCCUCCCGGUCUCCUGGGCGCCCGUCAUCUGCUCCGUCAUUGCGUCCACCUUGUUGUUUAUCUCUUCGCGCGUCCUGGGCGUGCUCAUCGUCCGCGCGGACUGCUUCCUGAUGAGGAACCACGGCAUCACGGAGCAGCCCAUGAACUUCUCGAGGACGGCGUCGCUCAUGCUCACGGAGGUCUCGUCCUUUAUCCAACGGAACAAGCAAGGACCAUUCCUUCUCUUCGUGUCCUUUCUGCACGUCCACACCCCUCUCAUCACCACGGAGAACUUCAUUGGGAGAAGCCGCCACGGGCUCUACGGAGACAACGUCGAGGAGAUGGACUGGAUGGUGGGGCGGAUCCUUGAUGUCCUGGACAGGGAAGGCCUCACCAACAGGACCCUCGUGUAUUUUACGUCGGAUCAUGGGGGGUCUCUGGAGGCUCAACUGGGACCCCACCAGUACGGGGGCUGGAACGGGAUUUAUAAGGGUGGCAAAGGCAUGGGCGGCUGGGAAGGCGGGAUCCGGGUCCCCGGGAUCUUCCGGUGGCCCGGGGUGCUGCCCGCCGGCCGGGAGGUCCACGAGCCCACCAGCCUGAUGGACGUGUUCCCCACUGUGGUCCGGCUGGGGGGCGGAGAGACGCCCCAAGACAGGGUGAUAGACGGCCGGGACCUGCUCCCCUUGGUGCUGGGGACCGCCCCGCACUCGGACCACGAGUUCCUGAUGCAUUAUUGCGAGAAGUUUCUGCACGCGGCCCGGUGGCACCAGCGAGAACGAGGCGCCAUAUGGAAGGUGCAUUACCGGACGCCCGUGUUCCACCCCGAGGGCGCGGCCGCCUGCUACGGGCGCGGGGUCUGCCCCUGCUCGGGGUCCGGGGUGACCCGCCACGACCCCCCGUUGCUCUACGACCUCGCCCGGGACCCCUCGGAGGCGCGCGCCCUGACCCCGGACACGGAGCCCGCGUUCCACCGGGUGCUGGCGCGCGUGGCGCGGGCCGUGGAGCGCCACCGCCGGACCCUGGGCCCCGGGGUCCCCCUGCAGCUGGACGGGCCCCGCAACACCUGGCGGCCGUGGCUGCAGCCCUGCUGCGGGGGGCUCCCCAGGUGCGGGUGCAGCCGCGAAGGGGGCGGACAGUGACCGCGCGUGGCUGCCAGGGGGCGCCCGGGUUGCCGGGGGGCCGGGGCGUCUCCAUCCAUCGGGGAUGGAAUCAGAGGCCGCUGGGACG